CACAGUCAGCAGCAAGACAACAUGGAGGUCAGAUUUGCCACCAACAGACUCUUGAUGACUGUUCUGUUGCUGUUGGUUACAGUAGCUGAAUUCAGUGAUUCUCAAACACAUAAUUCAGGUUUUCCUGAAGUUGUUCCAAACAGACAGCAGUUCUUUCAAUCAGAACCUAUCAUGAUCAGCUGUGAAGGGCUAAAUGGGCUGACUGGAUGGAGAGUGAUGAAAAAGAUAAAUGGAGAUGUUAGAACAUGUGCUUCAACCUGGGAAACAUCGAUUGGACCUUGCAAAAUUAUUAAUGCAUAUCCAUCAACUGACAGUGGAGAAUACUGGUGUGAAAUGGGAGGAAUACAAAAAAGCAACUCUGUCAACAUCACUGUAACUGAUUUAGAGAGUCAUGUGAUCCUGGAGGUUCCUGUCCAACCUGUGAUGCAGGGAGAAAACGUGACCUUGCAUUGUAGAAAAAAGGAUGCAAACUCCAACUACACUGCAAAAUUCUAUAAAAAUGGCAUCUCCGUUGGGAGCAGCUCAUCAGGAAACAUAAUGGUUCCCAAUGUAUCCAAAUCUGAUGAAGGACUCUACAAAUGUAGCAUUGCUGAUGCUGGAGAAUCACCAGAGAGCUGGCUAACUGUUGGAAGUCAUCCUACAGUGCCUUACUUCAAACUCUACCUGGUGAUCUGCACUGGUUUCAGUGUUUUAUUGGUGGUCAUUCUGCUAAUAUUGGCAGGACUGUUUCAACAUCAUAAACAUCAACAAACCAUCAGAAAUCACACAGAAGACACAUCUUUAACACCAAGUCCUCAAAAUUCUCCUGCCUCCUUCCAGCCUCACUCUUCUGCACAAACAGAUGAUGACAUAUUGUCUUCUGUCGCCAUUUACUACACCCUAAGCCAAAGUGAGACUGAACUUAAAGAUGAUGACAUGUUAUCUUCUAGAGCCAUUUACACCACCUUACGCCCGGGUGAGACUAAACUCAAAGGUCGCAGAAAGAGAGCUGACUGAAGACAAAAUCACAUCUGAGUGAAAGUGAAGUCGAUGAAGUAAUCCACAUUUAUCACAUAUUGUUAUUGCAAUUGAACAAGCUGUACAUCAUCUGCUGGGUUUGGUGUGACUGUCAGUGUGUAAAAUGUCGUUUCUUGUGUAUAUUCAGAAAUAGCUGGCCGCCAGAUGUGGCUGAUCAUAAGUACUCAUAAAGUUCACAUGCUAACAAACACUUCUGUCUCUUAUGUAGAAGUUGAAUUUAAACCACUUGUUGCUUCUGCUCUUUUUGCUUAUGCAUGAAUGCUUCUCAAAAGAAAACAGCUGCUGCAGCUCAUUUCUUUUGAACAGCAAGUACUCACUGUGGUCAACCACUAAUGUAAAUGUGUCGCUUUGUUUGCCAGAUGAACCAAAUUUGUGGCAAGCAGUGAAAUAUAACUGCACAGUUUUAUCCUCAGCAUGUCUACAUGUAAAAAGUUAUAUAGUGCACAGAUGAAAAAGUUGUGGCUUAUUUCAUGCUGCCGCAGUAGCUGUUCAGUUGAGUCACCCAAAAUAAGCUGAUUUUGUUUUAUUUUACAUGUUUUUGGUCAGACUGUGUGAAAGCAGAACUCAGAAGCUGAAUAAGUGUAACGGUAUAAUCUCAGCAUCUAAAUUGGAUUUAGAUGCUAAGAGGUGGGGCUCAGCUCAUUUCUAACUAUUUUUAGACAACAUACUUGAUAGGCUAUAUAUCAGUUCCCGAAUGUCAGAAUGGUCAGACUAAACCUUAUCGAGCUGCUUCUUUAAAAGAUGGCUAAAAAAGAGUGACUUCCUUUUUUCUGUUUUUUAAUCCACAAAAACUUUGUCACUUUACAAGUCUAUUUAUAAAGUUACAAAGCUUUGUCAUGUUUUGUGAUCAAUUACAAUUUGCAAAGUAACUUGUUACUUUGCAAAGUGCAGAGGCUCAAAAGAAAAAUAGCCAAAAACGUUUUAAAUAUCUCAAUAUUGAGAAAAAUUCAUAUAUUUGUGAAGUAUAAUUUUUUAUUUCUCAUAUCUUUUAUGCUAGGAAAGCAACCCUAAAACAUCACUAGCUAUGUUAAUGAAAUGUAGGAUAAAAAUCAAGAAGCUGUUUGGAGCAGCUAAUAUUUGUGUCAUUAAGAUGAAACUGCAGAAAAAUAAUAUUCUGAUGUAAGAGUGAUAUCAUUUUCUUCUGAUUGUCAGAUUUUCCUAAGAUUUCAAAUUACACCUAAUGAAUACAGUGAAUAGCAAAUAGUGUCCAUCAUCACUGAUGUUACUGUUCUUGUCUGUCCUCUCAUUAUGGCUGUAUCUCAUCACUAGAUGACGACAUGUUAUGUUCUAGAGCCAUUUACUAUGAUUCCCUAUGUGUUGCAUUCAGAUAAUAUGUAAUAUGUGAUGGGUGGUAAAUAUUAAAUGGAUUUGUGUUUACUGUUUUGGGUGUUUAAGCAACCGAGAAGAACUGUAAUAUGAACAAUAGCAUUUUUUUCUAUGCUUUAAAAAAACAAGUACAUUUUUUGUUCUGUACUUCUUGUAUAUAUUUUUAUUAGAAAGGUCUCAUAAAAAGAGCGGAAUGAAGGCAAAAUCACAUCUGAGUGAAAGUGAAGACAUUUAUCGCAACUGAACAAGUUGUACAUCAUCUGCUGGGCUUGGUGUGAAUGUCAGUGUGUAAAAUGUCAUGUCUUCUGUAUAUUCAGAAAUAGCUGGCUGCCAGAUGUGGCUGAUCAUAAGUACUCACAAAGUUCACAUACUGACAAACACUUCUGUCUCUUAUGUAGAAGUUAAAAUUAAGCCAGUUGUUGCUUCUGCUCUUUUUGCUUGAAUGUUGUUUAAACGAAGAGCUGCUGCAGCUCAUUUCUUCUAAACAGCAGGUACUCACUGUGGUCAACCGCUGAUGUAAAUGUCUUGCAUUUCUUUGUUUUCUAAAACAGAGCUGUGAAGUACACCUGCAAAGUUUACUGGGCAUGACUCUGUGUGAAGUGUGGUCUAGUGCACAGACUGAAUAAGUUGUGGCUUGUCAGCAGAAACUGUUCACUAAAGUCAAAGAAAAUGAGCCAAUUUUUUUUUAGGUCAGACUGUGUCUUGAGAAGUGUGAAGAGGAUAUGAUUAAGAUGCUGAGAGGUGAUGCUCAGCUCUUUUAUGCUUGACUUUAAUUAUUUAUAUUAAGCUUAUAAUUGAUAAGCCAAAAAUAAAUAAGGAUAAAAUUGAGCCAUCAUUUAAUCACUUUUUUUCCCACAAACCAGGGAAGUAAACACAACUUUGUGGCUUCAAGUUUUCUUUUAAAGUUACAAAGCUUCAUUACAUUUCAUGAUGAACUACAAUAUGGAUUGUAACAAGGUACUAAUUUAUCAAGCAUAUUUAAGUCACAGCAGAAAACAUAAAUAUGCAAAGGAUUAACAUUACACAUUUUAAAAAAAUUAACUCUUGACAUUUAGAAAUUACUGAAAUUUGUGUUUUUCAUGUUAAAAACAUCCCUUCGACUUCCACCAUGUUAA